CAGAAGCAUAUUUGGAGUGUUGGUCCUUGCUGAUAUGUAUGGCAGAUGCCUGUUUCACACUCUACUCUUUGACUGCCAGCUAUGAUGUCAGAUAGAGUUGUUACCUGAUUAAGCAAUUGCUCAUCGCUUCCUGUUUGACACUUUCAAGUGCUUCCACACCCGGGGGACAGCCUCUGAAAAACUGCUUGCAAGUAUCAUCUCCAGCUAAGAGAUUUUUCAUUUUAAAGCUUAGGAAAAAACACUGGAGAAUCAUGAAAAUCACAUUUUUCUUUGCUGCAUUGUUCUUACUGGAUUUCUUCACUUUCAUUCCUGCUAAUCUGCAAUAUCCCUUGCCUGACAUAGAAGAUGCAAAGUUCAUUGAAGAUUGUGUGAGAACUCACAACACAUUUCGAUCCAAAGUGAAUCCACCAGCCAGCAAUAUGUUUCGCAUGUCCUGGGAUGCUGCUUUAGCUAAGAGUGCCAAAGCAUGGGCAAAGAAGUGCAAGUUUAACCAUAAUAUACACCUUGACAUGCCAGGAAAAAUGCAUCCCACCUUCCCAUUUGUUGGAGAAAACAUCUGGACUGGUACAGCCCGCAUCUUCUCUGUGGAUGCAGCUCUCAGGUCCUGGUUUAAUGAAGUCAGCAGCUAUGAUUUCAGCACAAAUACAUGUAGUGACAAGUGUGGUCACUACACUCAGGUUAUCUGGGCAGAGAGCUACAAAGUUGGCUGCGCAGUUCACUUCUGCAAUACAGUUGAAAAUUUUCCAGGACUGUUCAAAGCAGCACAUUUUGUUUGUAACUAUGGGCCAGCGGGGAAUUACCCAAGAAAACCAUAUAAAGAAGGACAGCCAUGCAGUAGAUGCAGUAAUGACAAGUGUGUAGACAAGCUCUGUGAAAAUGCGAAACGUGAGAAGCUGAUAAGUUAUGCCAACUGGUAUCCCGACUGGGAUACACAGCCCCAGCCACCACGGCCCCGGCCCCCCAGGCCUCCUGUGCCAUCAGACGUCCCACCUGCUGAGCAUCCACAGCCUUCUUGUGACCAAUACUGCCUUAGUGUUUUAAUUUUAAGGCCACUGUUUCUCGUAUUGAGUGCUGGUGCUGUACUUCUAGUACAACAGAAAUUUCCACACAUGUUUUUUUAUAAGUAAUGAUCGAUUAAGAUACUGAUUGUGAUCCUACCGCUGUAUUACU